UCUCUACAGGGCUUCAUUCCCUUCCUCUCCUGUUGAAAGCACCAAUUUCUGGUACCGUCAUCUUCGUUAGACUAAAAAAUUAGUCCCAUAUCACUAAGCAUAUCAAAUCUCUGGAGAGCUAAAUCUAAAUGGCAUGGGCUUCCACCACCAUUUCUCAUCACAAGAACGGUGUUGGCAGCUGCAGGGUGGAUUCCUUCAAAAGGUUGUGUGCCGAAAGAAGGAGAAGGAUAGGGAUCGGGAUAAUCACUACCCAUACAAAGUUGUCGAGAUUACGCCCCCGCCGAGGAGCCUCGGCGUCCGCUGCUUCCCUCUGAACAUACAUUGUGGGGAGAGUGUCACCAUAGAAGGACAAGCUUACACAGUUUCUGCUGUGACCCACCGGUACCAGCUACGCAAGGGAAAAUAUGAACCCAGUGAGAAAAGGCUUGAUGUGCAGUCAACAGGAAGAUACAUAUUGAAUCUGUACCUGGAGAAUCUACUAGAAAAAUCAUGAAUAAUAUCAUAUCCAUGAUAAAGUCAGAUUUAAUAGCAAUUCUAAUCUUCGACUGCCAAUUACUGAAUGGUUGUCACUAAUGAUAAUACUUGCAUAGUGUAUGAGCCCAUUAUUCUUCGUA